CAGAAGAAAAGCCAGUCUUGUGCUUGUAAAGCUGGCACAAAGGGAUGCCUUUAAAGAGGAGAUGCAACUACUGAGUCAAGGUGCGCUGCCACAUAGUCAUCAGUUGUUUCAACUUGACCCAAUAUUGCAAGAUGGUGUUCUCAGGGUGGGAGGGAGAUUAAAUAAAGCGUGUUUACCUCUCGACCUGAAGCAUCCGGUAAUCUUACCACGAGACAGUAUUGUCACGCGGCUGAUCCCAGACUACUGUCAUGAAAAGACUCAGCAUCAAGGCAGAGGACAGACCCUCAAUGAACUGAGAGCGAAUGGUUAUUGGGUUGUCGGCGGUAGCAAAGCUGUGGCAAACUACAUCAAACAAUGUGUCACAUGCCGGAGAGCACGUAGACCAACAGAGACACAGAAGAUGGUAGAUUUACCAUGGCAGUGUUGACCCGUCCCCACCAUUCUCCUAUUGUGGGAUGGAUUGUUUUGGACCAUUUCACACUAAACAGGGACGCAAAGAGUGUAAGAGAUAUGGUCUCAUAUUCACCUGCCUGUCUUCUAGGGCAGUUCAUAUAGAAAUGUUAGAGGAUCUAACGACUGAUGCCUUCAUAAAUGCCUUACGCUGUUUUAUAGCUAUUUGUGGAGCUGUAAGACAAAUCAGAUCAGAUCAAGGGACAAAUUUUGUAGGGGCAAAAAAUGAAAUGAUAAAGGCCUUGAAAGAAAUAGACAAAGACAGAUUAACUUCUUACCUAGCCAACAAGCAAUGUGACUUCACCAUGAACGUGCCUGAUGCCAGUCACAUGGGAGGUGUUUGGGAGCGGCAGAUCAGGACAGUUAGAGGUGUCCUAAACUGGGUCCUGUCACAAAGCUCUGGAAGACUGGAUGAUGCUUCCUUGAGGACAUUUCUUUAUGAAGCUAUGUCGAUUGUAAACAGUCGCCCACUCACCACUGACAACAUCAGUGAUCCUAAAGGUUUAGAGCCACUUACUCCAAACGAUUUACUCACCAUGAAAACCUCCGUUCCACUGCCCCCACCAGGAAAGUUUGUGGCAGAAGAUGUGUAUGCCAGGAAAAGGUGGCGUAGAGUCCAGUAUCUAACAGAGCAAUUCUGGAGUAGAUGGAGGAAAGAGUACCUGACAAACAUCACUCUCAGACAGCGCUGGCACUCUCCAAGACGUAAUGUGAAGGCUGGAGAUGUUGUCAUAGUCAAAGAGGAAGGAAUACCCCGUAAUGAGUGGAAACUUGGAAGAGUACUGGAUGUGUGUACAGAUGAAGAUGGACUGGUGCGAAAGGCCACAAUACAAACAGGAAAUAGAGAGCUAGCAAAAGAGGGUCAGCAACACACCAACCACUCAAUUCUUCAGCGUCCUAUUCAUAAAUUAGUUGUGCUUGUAGAAAACAACAAAAAUGGUGAUGAUUAUCGUUAACUUGUUGUAUAGAUGUUGAUCAUUUAAGUUUGGAAAUUACUAGAUUUAUUCAAAUGUUUGCACAAGGAUUUCAUAAAUCAUAGUAAUUUGGUGGGAGUGUAACUGUCCAAAUGACAGGUUUCAUUUGAGAUGUGGGUUUAUGUUCAUUGUUAAUGGUGAGAGUAUUACUUUUGUUGGUAAAGAGGUUUAUUUUGAAGGGCAGUAUGUGUCAACCAUGUGACUGGAGUUGAGUGAGGGGCGCCAAAUGUGGCAUUAUGGGACAGAGAAGAGACAACAUGUACAGAGAAGAGACAUACAGCCCAAAGUUAUCUGCACAUGGUUCUAGAGGCGCAAACGUUUUCACGGUGUCUGAGGAGCAGAGAGGGAAAUAAAACUUUCUAAAGACAUCUGUAUGAAGCGUGGCGAUCCUUAAACUAGAACUAGACCAGUGCAGCUACAACUGGGGUAUUGCAAUUUGGUGCUGUGACCUUCGGAAUUGGCUGAACUCUGAGCGGACGGUCC